AUGGCUAUAAAUAACCAAAUCAGUCCUAUUGAAUAUCUUGUUAUUGGCCAUUGUUGUUCUUUGAACGAACUUUCAUCUCUAAUUUCUUAUACUCCGCAACUUCGUCAGUUAACUCUUCAUAAAACAAAACGAAAUGAUUCAAACAAUACAAUAUUAUCAUCAAUUACAUUAAUUAGUCUUAGCUCGAUUUAUUUGGAUUUAUGUGAAACAUCAUUUAACGAAGUAGAAAUGUUCAUUACAAAAAUAUCUUCAAAUUUAAAAAGUUUGUAUGCUUUUUUAUCAGUCGAUCAGCGUUGGGAGCAAUUAAUUUUAAAUUAUUUUCCUCAGCUAGAAAAAUUCUAUCUAAUGUACGCUGAUCAUAUCGAUAAUGAACAAAAUUAUUCAAUAUAUACUGAACAAAUUGCUCAAUUGUUUUCAUCUUUUUGGAUGGAACGACAAUGGAUAUUAGAAACUGAACUUUGCGAUACAGAUAUCGAAUAUAUAAUUCGCCUAUACAGGAAAAGAUGGGUUGAUGAUGCAAAAGAUGAUAUUGUUAAUUGUUCUUUGGAACAUUCUACAUUUAUGAAUUUGACAUUCGGAUAUGUUAUUCAUUCUAUAUACGAGCGAAUAGUGUCCAAACAAAUUGAAUUUCAAACGAUCAAACUACUACCAGAGUUAGUUACAUUAAAAAUUCAUUCAUUAUCAAUAGACGCAGCAAUAGAAUUAACUGUUAGCGAACUUCUAAUUUUGUGUUCAAUGAAACAGAAAAGUAAAAUUACUAAAGUCUAUCUUGAAGAGAUUCGUGAUGUUCAAGAAGUUGAUUUUAUUUUUACAUUUUGUCCUUAUAUGGAAUAUUUCAAAAUCGGAUACAUAAAUACCAAGGGUCGUCAAUCAUUUUUACGUACUAUUUUCAAGACUAUUGAUCACAAUGAUCAUCACCAUUUUCGUUCAUUACGUAUUCAGAUUUCAACAACAGAUGAUCAAAUUAGGAGCGUGAAGUUACUAUUAUUAAUACCAAAAUGA